UUCUUUUCUUCGUUUGCAUUUCAUAUUAACCAUGACACACUCGCUGUAGUAUCGACUGUCUACUGUUCACUACAGGCACCUUUCUGAUCAUCUUUGAUUGAUGUCAUUGAGGCAUCAUUGACGGGAUUUAAAGUUAGUCCGAAUAUCAAUGCAGUUUUAAGCAUGGACGAUGUUUAUUUCUGCUUAGCAUGGAUGGAUGGAGUACAGAAAUGUUUUUUUUUAAGGUUAUCACUUUUUGGAUCCCAACCAAGCCAGGGGAAAAGGAGUCCCGCUAAGAAAGACAACAUAACCUUGCAUGAAGGGCUCAAGAGAAAACAGGGAAAACGGACAGAGUGUCAAUGACUGGUGGAUGAUUCAAAUAUUCGCAUCCCGCCGUUUUGUCAGUUUUCAAUAAGACUCCCCAUUUCUUUUGUUUUGGAUUCGAUAUUUGUUGCCUGUAUCUGUUGAUACUUCUCAUCAACUGCGAUGAAGUCCAUGAAGUCUGUUUCGUUCAAGGACUUUCAGGAAGUUUCUGUUGUCUUUUCUGAAAGUUCCCACAGCUAUCAGUCCACCGAUGAAUCUCACGGCAUGGACCAAGACGACGAUAUCAGUAUUGCCUUUGAGUCGAGCAAUGCGAGUUAUACCAUUGCGUCACCUACGGAUAUGAGCGACACUGGUUCCAGUCACCACCGUUACGAUCUACUUCCAAGGAACAGCAAUCCCAGCCAGGUCGCAUUCAAGCGUCGGCAAACAAAGAUGCUGCUUGUCUCGCUCAUUGAGUGGUUUUGUCAAAUUUAUGGUGAUUCCGCUGAAGCCAAUAGUCGAGUGUUUGGCUUGAUCUGUCGCACCCUUCGUUCAUUUGGAUUCAUUGAUGACGAAUUCGUGGAAGAAAUGACCAGUGUCCGGUCGUCGUAUCAGCAAGCUUUUCACAGUCUCUUCAACACUGUUGUAGAAACCGUACGUAGUGAAGCCCUUCAGCAAGUGGAGAGUCAGAGACGGUUACUUGAUACGUCCGCUCAGGCCAACGCAAGGGAGGAAGAGGAAGAGGAACAGCAGCAAAGACAACCAGAUUAUUUUUCCAUGCAGCGGGAAAAUUUGACACCCACUGCCACGUUGAGCCACUCUACUUCUAACGGCACGAAUCGAAGCGGACAGCCCCACUUUUUUCAUAAUCUGAGUGUGCAAAAUUCUCGCUAUGAUAACGACUUUAUUGAGCUUGGGUUGCUUGGCAAAGGAGGGUUUGCGAGUGCUUGGCGAUGCCGGAACAAGCUGGAUGGGAUUGAAUACGCCAUCAAAAAAGUGCGUCUAGGCAAAGAUUUGGAGGACGGCGAACAUUCCAAUCCGUACGAAAAGAUCUUUCGGGAAAUCAAACAUCUGGCCCGUUUGGAGCACCACAAUGUGAUUCGAUACUAUUCUUCCUGGCUCGAAUACGACGUCCAAUCCGAAACGAAGCAUGACUCUUUCGAAGACAGUUACAUGCCUUCUACCACCUCGCUCUUGUCCAACGAAACGCUCCCCUCAGGGCUCGGACGGAAUGAUUCAGAAGGCGAUUUUAUCUAUUUUGGCGAUGAUGAUCAGUCUUCCUUUACCCACUCGGGAUACACUCACACAGAAAGCAACACAUCUGCCGAUCUCAUGGAUGAAGGCGAUUGGACCCUCUUUAUCCAGAUGCAACUCUGUCCAACGACUUUGUACGAUUACAUCAAAUCCCGCAAUCGACGGUGUGGGGAUAACUGCCUGGACGCAUGCGAAGCUCAACGAAUCACUGAAAUUUUUCGGCAGAUCCUCGAGGGUGCAGCAUAUAUUCAUGAGCAAGGGUUGAUUCACCGUGAUUUAAAACCGAGCAAUAUUUUUUUGGGACCUUCAUCGUCAUCUUCAUCGGAUCACCGUCGUCAACAACAGAAAAGUUCGGAGGAAUCAUCGGAUUCAUGCUAUUUCACAUCGAAUCAUUUCUUGUCAGAGUCGGUCCCCAAUCCUGACGACUUGUUGUCGGACGAGGCGUGGGUGCCAAAGAUUGGCGACUUUGGCCUGGCCGCGGCAGUGUUCAAUGAAGAAAUUGCCGAUACCAUGUUGCAAACCUCCACUUCAUUAACGAAAAGGAGCCGACGUCCUACCCCAAGACGCUCACGUACCGUCGGUGUAGGCACACGAACCUAUGCUUCUCCGGAACAGUUGGCAACCGAGGCUUACGAUGAAAAAGUGGAUAUUUAUUCUCUGGGCAUUAUCUUUUUUGAACUGUAUCAGCCAUUUUCCACCGCCAUGGAACGAGCCAAUGCGCUGGAAAAUCUUAAACGCGGUGUAUUUCCCAAUGGAUUUGUCGAAAAGUACCCUAAAGAGUCUGCGUUGAUUUUGUGGAUGAUGGACCCGCAUCCAUAUCAACGACCGAGCGCCGCUGAGCUCCUUGAAUUUGAAUAUUUUUCGCAGGAAACAACGCUCGAUACAAGUUUGCAGGUGCAAUUGCAGGAAAAAUGCGAAGCGCUGGAAGCGAGCAAGCGACAAGUGACAGCGUUGGAAGAAAAGUUGGAAAAACUAGAAGAGGAGAAAGAGCAAGUACAAACUCGACUCGACCAUUUGCAAUACCAAUUUGACGAGUUAAAAGCACUUGUCGAACAACGUCUAUGUACCGACAAAGACGUGGAGGAGACCAAAGUCGGUUCCGGCCAAUCGUUGUCGGAUAGCGAUAUGAUCAACGGUGCGCUGUGUAAAUUUUUAGAACGAAUCAGCACAUCGUCAUCCACACAGUAACAUGUUACGCAUCUGUACAUACAUUACUUAACAACAUUAUCCAUCACACACGGAUGAUCUCCCCCUCCCUCUUCCCCCCUUCAUGGGCUAUUCUCUAUUAUACCAAAUACCUGAUAGAGGAACCCUACCACCCUAAAAAUCCUAGAACCAAAAUAUCACGUAUCACUAGACAAGUCUUUCUUUAUAACAAACAUCAAAAUUCGAUCAAAAACACAACUUGUAUGCUAAUG